AUGGUUAGGUGGGUGAGGACUAAGGUUCUGGGGAGUGGUACCUAUGGCACUGUGUAUCAAGCUAUUUGUGAGGGUUAUCACAAGCCCAUAGCUCUCAAAACUACAGCACUAAGCUCGUCAGAAACGUUGGAGAAGGAGAACAAAAUUUUGGACGCUUUAUUUGGUUGCCCAGAAAUCAUUAAUUCACAUGGCACAGAGAUCACGUGCGAGGAUGGAAUCAUAGUCUCCAAUCUCAUGAUGGAGUACGCCCCUUAUGGCACUCUCGGUGACCUUAUCAAGAAAGGGCCACUCAUGGAAACAAGGACUACCAAAGUGUACAUACAAAUGCUUUUGAGAGGGCUUUCAUUCAUGCAUCAAAGGGGUUACGUUCAUUGUGAUCUCAAACCCGAUAACAUCCUCAUGUUUCCACCUUAUAAGUAUCAUGAUCAAAGGUUUAAUCAACUGAAGAUUGCGGACUUUGGAUUGUGUAAAACUCCUGAAGAGAGUUUGAAUGAGGAGGACUGGAAGUUCUCUUUUAGGGGGACUCCUUCUUACAUGUCACCUGAAUCCAUCGCAUGUGGCCAAAUUGGACCAGCAUUGGAUAUAUGGUCUUUUGGGUGUGUAGUUUUAGAGAUGUUCACUGGCUACUCCUGGUGGGUUAUGGAACAUUGCUCUCUAGAGGACAUAAUGGUUAGGGUUGGGAUCAAUAACGAAGCACCAAGCAUUCCUAGUGGACUCUCCUCUCUAUGCAAAGACUUCUUACAGAAGUGCUUUAUCGCCAACCCUAAUGAAAGGUGGACUGCCGACAUGCUUCUCCAUAAUCAUCCUUUCACUCAUAUCUGUUAG